AUGCAUAAAGGACUAGCUCUAGUCGAAAGUCUUGCGUUAUGUUUCUUUGCCGUAUAUUUGCUUCAAUUGGGGUGGUCGGUACUUUCAUGUUCUUGGCAGGCUAAGCAACAAUCUGGCGAGUAUAUUCGAAGAUCAUACGAUGUUGUUCACAAAUUUGAUGGCAUGAGGAGAUUUGAUGAUUUUUCGGGCUUUCCUAAGUUGUCAACGAAUACUUAUGUGGAUAAUGUAUUAGUUAACAUUGAUAAUGAUCAGAACUUUAAAAAUGCCCGGGAAAAUGCCACGUUGCUAAUGUUGGUAAGAAAUCGAGAGUUGGAAGGAGCUUUGAAGUCGAUGCGUUCAUUAGAGGACAGAUUUAAUCGGCAGUAUCAAUAUGAUUGGACCUUCCUGAAUGAUGUGCCGUUCGAUAAUGACUUUAUAGAAGCAACAACCGCAAUGGCAAGUGGGAAAACUCAAUACGGACUGAUCCCAAGUGAGGAGUGGGAUCGUCCAGAUUGGAUUAAUGAAACCGUAUUCGAGACUAGCCUACAGUUGAUGAACGAAAAAGGUGUCAUAUAUGGAGGUUCGAAAUCUUAUCGAAAUAUGUGUCGAUUCAAUUCGGGUUAUUUUUUCAGGCAAGAGCUACUGCUCAAUUAUGACUAUUAUUUCAGAGUUGAGCCUGACGUCGAGUAUUUUUGUGAUUUCCCCUAUGAUCCUUUCAAGGUCAUGAGGGAGCAAAGAAAGAAAUAUGGAUUUGUGAUAUCCAUGUAUGAAUACGAAGAUACCAUCCCCACUCUUUGGGAUGCUGUAGAAGAGUUUAUGGAGGAAUAUCCCGAGUUGAUUGAUUUCGAUACAAAUAGUUUUGAUUUCAUCACUGAUAGCGGGUUGGUCGGAAAAAAUACGCCUAUCAUAGAUUCAAAUUCUAGAUAUAACCUAUGUCACUUCUGGUCUAAUUUCGAGAUAGCUGAUUUGAGGUUUUUCAGAAGUGAACGUUACAUUAAAUUCUUUGAAUUUCUAGAUUCAAAAGGAGGCUUUUACUAUGAACGUUGGGGUGAUGCCCCCGUGCAUUCCAUUGGAGUGGCAUUAUUAAUGAGGAGAGACGAAAUAAUUCAUUUUGACGAACUGGGCUAUUACCAUAUUCCUUUCAGCACAUGUCCUUCUUCGAAUCUCAUGAGAAUAGCACAACGAUGCGUUUGUGAUCCAGACAUUGAUGAAAAUAUUGAUGUUAGGUUAAACAGCUGUUUGAUGAGAUGGUGGAAGAAUGGAUCGGGCAAAUUCUUUAUGAAGCAUACAUAA